AUGACGCGCCCGGAAAUUAUUCGCGCUGAUUCAAUUGACCUCCAGGACCCAAAUGCUCCAUCGGCGCAAGACCAUUCCAAGAAGCAGGCGGAUGCAACACCUUUAGGUACUGGGCCGCCCGCUCCACAUCAGGCCGAAGCACUGCGAGAAGCCGCCGCAGAUGUCGCGGAUGAACAGCAUCGAAGUCCGCGAGUGUCAAGGGAAUGGGCCAAUGGCGAAGGGCAAAUGAUACAAGAUUUUACGAGUGACGACUUGGCCGCUGAGGUUACUUCUGCCUUGAACGGGAACAAUCAGCAAGACGAUUUGGCAAUUGCUCAGAAUGGUGGUUCGGGAGGUGCUUGGGGCGAAGACGGGGACAUGGCAGAUGCUGAAGGGGAUGAUAGCAUGGAUGAUGAUAUGAUGGACAAGAUUUCAAGCUCUCCAUCCAUCGACGAUGGUGGGUAUUUCCUUCCAAAACAUUGGCCUUCUAGGUCCGACUCCCUCUCCCGAGAAAGCUCCUCGUCGUUUUCACAAGCGUGCGGCGAAAGUUCAUCCCCUUUCGUGGAGCCACCCACUUUCUUUCCAUUACAACCCAUGAGCGACCAGCUAGAAAUGGACCUGAGCCAGGUGGCUCACGAAGUUCAAUAUCAUCAUCAUCAUCUAGGUGAGUAUCUCGACCGAGCGAAUAGUACUACGUCCAAUUACGAUCCCGACGCGCCUAUACCAGUAACCCCGGAAAAAUAUGGACCUUCUAUGGAAGAGCAAGACCAGGACUACAACGAAGAGUAUUUUCAUGACCAGCUCGCAGCGAUGCAUGAUUCGGACCAGGACACGGCCCCAAAUUCCUUUUUCGAUCCUUACGACUAUGAGACCAUGACCAUACCAUACGAAAGCUCCGAGGACGAAGAAGACCAACAUGAUAAUGACGACGACGAUGAUGAUGAUAUUCCAUAUGCUGCUGACUCUAGAUUUGUUGAUUCCGGAUGGGGUGGAGAGUGCUUACAAGAAUCAGAAGAUAUCGAUUUCGAAUUCGUCUACGCGCUCCAUACCUUCGUCGCUACAGUAGAAGGCCAAGCGAAUGCCACCAAGGGAGAUACCAUGGUUUUACUGGACGAUAGUAACAGCUAUUGGUGGCUACUUUCAUCGACCAGGCUGGGAGACCAAGCAGAGAAGUCAAAAAAUCCCCUGAAGAAAGCAAUUCGACGAAGGAAUGCUAAGACUGUGACCUUUACGGCACCGACAUACGUCGAGGCUUCGGAUGUCGAUUACUCUACUGACGAAGAGGAUGGUGAUGGGGAUUUCUACGGGCAACAAGAGCAACAGCGUGAACAACAAGAGCAGACCGUUGAGGACGAUGAAAUCGUUGCAAUAGAGCCGCUCAAACCACGUUCUGAGCUACGCGAAGUGAAAUCGGAAAGUCCAGAUCGUGACAAUUCUGCCGUUAAAUCAAGCUUAGACGGAGCUAGAAAUAGCGACGAGAUAUCGGAAGGAAAACUAGAAGGUAGCAAAUCCAGGAAUGGUACUCUACGCAACACGGAUUCAUUCUUCAAAGACGACACUGUAGAAACUCGAAAAAUUACACUUACGCCAAAUCUGCUUCGUGAUGAUUCUAGCACUUCAACUCGGACAUCUAAUGACUCGGAGAAACAGAAGCAGAGGCCGAGCCUCGAUAGACUUGAGAAGGAUCUUGUCUCAGACAAAACUAAGGACAAGAAGGAAAAGAAAGACAAGAAAGAAAAGGAGAAGAAGCCAGGAAUGCUUAGCGGGCUAUUCAAGCGAAAGGACAAGAAGUCGAAGCAGCAAGAUGAUGAUCUCGAAGACUCAAUAACAUCAAGCAAACAAUCAAGCGAGAAUCCUAGGUCAUCCCCUUCUCCUAGCAAGGACUCGGAUCUGGCAUCUCUCGAGGAAUCAAGUCCUGAAACUCAAAAACAGCCCAGCAAGUUACAAAAACAACCGCGACCAGAAACCUCGCCCAGUCGCAACCAAAACACGAGGGCGCCAAGGUCUAUGGAACCACAGCUUGCGACAAUUUCUGAACGUGCAUUCGCAGCUGAUUCGGCCCCAGGGCCUUCACUACGUCUAGUACAGCCCGAGCCGCACUCUGUCACUCCAAGCCAACAGGAAUCUCCCAGCUCACCCACGACUUCGAGUCCCAGGUCACCUGGAGCGAUAUCUAAAAUUUUACAUUCCGCAAUUUCUACCAAUUCAGAGCCAAAGCCUGUCAAAACCAAAAAAGCAAAGGCUCGAGUCGAGUUGGAUGAUUUUGAUUCAUCUUCGGAAGAAUCUGAUGUUGAAGAAUCUAUUCGUUCCUCAGGUGAACAGGCUGAACGACCUAUUCCAGGUAGCUUUCCUGACAGUUACAUCGCCGCCUCUGCGAAUGAAGUUGGUGACGCUGUGGACGAGAGAUUAUUGGAAUCGCCAGUACAAGUCUCUCCGAUCACGCCGACAACUUCCCAACCGCCAGCACUCAUGGUUGAUACGUCUAGUCAAGAAGAACCACCAUCACCAAUGUCAUCACCUUCACCUGAGCUUAUUGAUGCUGAUGAUAUUAAGAAGGGGACGGGAAGCUCUACAACUUCAACAUCCACACCUACCUGGAGCGACUCGCAUCUUAGGACAUUCUUCGAUGAUGAUACCGACAUAAGAGAUCUGCUAGUGGUUGUGUACGAUAAAUCAGGGGUCGUGCCGGCAGGAUCAGAUCAUCCUAUUGUGGGCAACCUUUUCAAGGAAGAAAAUGCCAAACUGGCAGAUAUAACCAAUCGUUUGGAUGGAAUGCUAGGUGAUUGGUUAGCCCGCAAAAUGAGGACACAAUCUUCAUGA